UGUUUUCACGCCGGAUCUGCGGGGGAAGAGGCAAGCCGCCGCCGCCGCCGCCGCUGCUGCAGCCAUCGUGGCGGACGCGGAAUGAUUUGGAGGUGCGAGGCGCGCCGCCGCGAAACAGAGCAAAAAAAAAACAAACAAAAAAGGAACAGCGCCGUGACCGCUUUGUUGUCUGACGAUGCCUGAAUUUCUGCCGGGCUGCAUUUUGCGAGGAUGCCUCAGAUGAUAACUGCGCAGGGAUGUCUCCGCGGAGCGUGGACAAACAGGGCGUCUGUUCCAGUCAUGAAGGCUCCCUGCUUUUUGUUUUGAGCGCGGGCCACCCGCUGAAUCACUGCGACGCUCGGCAUGGACAACUUUAACGCGCCUCUCAUCCGCCGAUCAUAUGAAGAACAUUGCGCAGUGCAGUGAAGAAGAAGAAAAAAAAAAAAUCCAGCCUAUAUAGCUCGCUGUGGCUUCAGAAGCGGUCGUGCAGAGCCUAUAUUACCUAAUCGGCUGGUAUUCCGCUGGGCAUCCGUUCCCAGUGCCGCCUGAACACACCACACAGCGCGCUGGUGCAUUGUCAAUGUAAGGAGCUGUGUCCAGUGGUGAGAGCCACUAUCCGGGGGCACAGAUGAGAGGCAAACAAUAUCAUCAACCACUGAAGUUGACAGCGCCUUGGGAGAAGGAUGCUGGCUUCGGGAGGAAGCUCAAAACCUACAGGAAUCAUACCAAGAUAAUAGCACAGCCUGGGAUCGUGAUGAAAGUGCUCCGCAGGAAGAGGAUUGUGUUAUUUAUGGCCUAUUUCUUGCUGCUGGUGCUUACUAUGCUCAACUUGGCUAAUUAUAAAUGGACUAAAGAGCCACAGCAGUGUAAUCAUCAGAUGCGGAGCACCACUUAUCAGAGCAGAUCUGACAUUCGCUUCCUGUACAGGCCCUCUCUGGCUAAAAAGAGACAGCUUAUCUACGUCCUGACCACCUGGAGGUCAGGCUCUUCGUUUUUUGGGGAGCUUUUUAACCAAAAUCCUGAAGUGUUCUUCUUGUACGAGCCGAUGUGGCACAUCUGGCAGAAGCUGUACCCCGGCGACGCGGUGUCUCUGCAGGGGGCAGCCAGGGACAUGCUCAGCUCCUUAUACCGCUGUGAUCUGUCUGUUUUCCAACUUUACAACAGCCCCGGGGGCAAGAAUUUCACCUCCUUAGGACUAUUUGGGGCCACGCUCAAUAAAGUGGUGUGCUCCUACCCCCUCUGCUCGGCCUACAGGAAGGAGGUGGUGGGGAUGGUGGACGAUAAGGUGUGUAAAAAAUGCCCCCCUCAAAGCCUUAGACUGUUGGAGGAGGAGUGCCUCAAAUACAACACCAUAGUCAUUAAGGGGGUGCGCAUUUUGGACGUGAAUGUGUUGGCCCCCCUCAUGGAGGACCCCUCCCUGGAUCUGAAGGUGAUCCACUUGGUCAGAGACCCGCGGGCGGUCGCCAACUCCAGGAUCAAAUCCCGGCACGGCCUCAUUAGGGAGAACUUACAGGUGGUCCGCAGCAGGGACCCGAAACUUCGCCGGAUCCCUUUCGUGGAUCCCGGCCACAAAGCCAACAAAAAGGACGGCUCGGACUACCACUCCAUCGGGGCCAUGGAGGUGAUCUGCGACCGCACCUCCAGGACUUUGAGGACUGCCUUAAACCCGCCCAGCUGGCUGAAGGGGAAGUACAUGGCCGUGCGCUACGAGGACCUGGUGGAAAACCCGGUGAAGACCCUGAGGAACAUCUACCGCUUCGCCAACCUCACCACCAACCACGACAUCGAGUCGUUCGCGCUGAACAUGACCAGCGGCUCCAGCUCCUCCUCCAAGCCGUUCAUCGUCUCCUCCAGGAACGCCACGCAGGCCGCCAGCGCGUGGAGAACAGUGCUGAGCAUUCAACAGAUCAAACAAGUGGAAGACUACUGCCACCACGCCAUGUCCGUCCUCGGGUACGAGAGGGUCAGAACAGCCGGGGAGGCCAAGGACCUGAGCAAAUCACUACUGACACACUCCAAGCUGUGAAAGCAUCCUCCUCACCACCAAAGACAUUUUAAUUUAAACGUUCAUUUUUGCAUCGAGUGCCGUUUCCUCUUAUUGUGGAAUUAAAGCUUUACUUUCAAUCAGUGUUGGAGGAGCUCUACUGGCCACAUUCGGAAUGUAUCAUGUUUCCCUCCCGUCGAGCCGCGGUCAUGUUUGAAGGGACCGUUUCUUUUAUACUGGUGCACUGGAUGUGUUUGACAAUGCAAGGCCUCAGAACAAUGACUUGAAUAGUGAAGUUGCAAUUGUGGAAUUAAAAAAAAAACAAAAAAAAAAACAACAACUAACUGUAUAAUUCAUGUAUCUUGUUAUGAUGACACUGCAAAGCGGAUGGUUUGGGGUUAUUUUUGAAUGUUCAAAAUCUUACAGAAUAUUUUUUCAGUCUCCAUAUUGUCUGUAA